AGCUGCAGAAGAAACACGAAGAAGAGAAAACUGAACUGACUGAAACAUUUCAGGCUGCAGAGAACGUCCUCAAGGGUCAAGUGGAGCAGCUUUCUGCAGACCUGCAUGUUUACAACGAGCUGAGGAGGAGGGUCGAACAGUCCACGUUCAAGAAGGACCUGCAGAGGAACAUUCAGGCCCAUGGCAGCCCCGGUGCAUUCUGGGAGUCCGAGCAGGAGUCUCUGCUGUUUGUGAUUGAGAUGAAGAGCGAGCGCGUGCAGGAGCAGAGCCGGAAGCUGCUGCAGAUGGAAGAUCUGGUAGGAAAAUAUAGUGAUGCUAUCCCUCACGAGGAAUGCUUAUUUGUUAUUGAUUCAUUAUUUCUUUUAAAAGUCACCUAUCGUGCUAUUUUUAGGCAAUAG